AAAGAAUUCAUCCAGCCUUCAAUCAUUUUUUUUAAACCUUCCUUUCUUUCUCUACCUUUUCUUAUCAUUUGUCACUCUCCAUAUCCUCCUCGAUCUUUGAUAUCACAACUACCCAAAAGUUCAUUUACGCGAUCGGUUACUCAACAAAAUGAGCGAUCCUCGCGAUCACGACCAGCCUGACUCGGAGGACGAGGAAGAUUUCAAUCCACCCCCAGCUGACUUCAGCGACGAUGAGAAUCAAGACGACAGCCGUCGCGAUCAAUUGAAGCAACAGAGAAAGUCAUCGCCCACGCAUAAUGGAGAUGAUGAGGAAGAUGAUGAUGGCGAGGGUGAUUUAGGUGGCGGUAAUGAUGACGACGAAGAGGAAGAUGAUGAAGAUGAAGAAGAUGAGGUUCAAACGCAUCGUCGCAAACGACGCAAGGGCAAGGCAAACGUCUUCUUGGAUGUCGAAGCCGAAGUCGAUGACGAAGACGAAGGCGAAGAUGAUGAAGAGGCGGCUGAGGAAAACGAAGGUUUCAUUGAACACGAGGAGCCAGGCGACUUUGGCGAACAGAGCCGACUGGAUGAUGACCGACGACAUCGAGAACUCGACCGUCAACGCGAUGCAAUCACCCAGGAAGAUCUCGAACGAGCAGCUGAAGGCUACGUACGCAAAUAUGGAAACCGCCGAGCCGCGAGGGGUCUUGGGGAAUCUGCUAUUGUUCCCCAGAGACUUCUUCUCCCGAGUGUAGACGAUCCCGGUAUCUGGGGUAUUCGGUGUAAGGAAGGUAAGGAGCGCGAAGUCAUCAUGGCCAUUAUGAAACGUGUCAUAGAACGUCACAACACAAAAGAUCAAUUAGCCAUUACGGCAGCUUUCGAACGAGGUGGUAAUAAUGCCAUCCUGAAAGGUCUCAUCUACGUUGAAGCUCCCCGACAGAGCGACGUGAUGAUGGCACUCGAAGAUAUGAUGAACGUAUAUCCUCGUACUAAGCUUGUCCUUGUCGAUAUCAAAGAGAGGCCUGAUCUCAUGCGAGUUCAAAAGACUCCUACCUUGGAGCCUGGCGCCUGGGUACGACUCCGCAGACCCGCUAAGCAUUCCGGCGACCUCGCACAAGUUCUCGACAUCACAGAGAACGGCCUUGAUGCUAGGGUGCGCUUCAUUCCUCGACUCGAUUAUGGGCUACGAGACGAGCCUAUUCUGGCUGCCGACAAGAAGCGUAAGCGUCCGGUGAUGGGUCCACGACCUCCACAGAGACUAUUCAGUGAAGUCGAAGCCCGCAAGAGACAGUCGCGUAUUCUUCAAUACAGCAGCCAGACCAAUACCUGGAAUUACAAUGGCGACGAAUUCGAGAAGGGUUUCCAAGUCAAAGAUAUCAAGAUUCAGCACCUGACGGUUAGCGAUGUCAACCCGACGCUAGAAGAGGUUACCAAAUUUGCGUCUGGAGGCGAAGACGGAGUUGAGAAUAUCGAUCUCAAGUCCCUCGCCGCUAGUCUCAAAGACAGCAAUGCCAAUGUCACCUAUCUACCAGGCGACGUAGUCGAAGUCUACGAAGGCGAGCAGAAAGGCGUGGUUGGCAAAGCAACCAAUGUCCAGGCGGAUAUUGUUACGAUUCAAGUCACCGAAGGUGACCUUGUCGGGCAAACUAUUGAAGUGCCGACAAAAGGUCUUCGUAAACAAUUCCGAACUGGCGACCACGUCAAAGUCAUUGGUGGUAGCCGAUACCGUGACGAAGUUGGCAUGGUCGUGAAUAUAUCUGAGGAUCGUGUCACUCUGCUGACAGACCAGACCACAACUGAGAUUACGGUGUUCAGCAAGGAUCUCAGAGAAGCAAGCGAUAUCGGUGGCCAGGGAUCCCUGGGUCAGUACUCGUUGCUCGACCUUGUCCAGCUCGAUACGAUGACUGUCGGCUGCAUUGUCAAGGUUGACCGUGAGACCCUGGUUGUACUGGAUCAAAAUGGUGAUACGAGGCAAGUUAUGCCCUCUCAGAUUGCCAACAAGCUGCCUAAGCGGAAGACUGCCGUCGCCGCCGAUCGCAAUGGAUCCGAGAUUAGGCCCGACGAUGUGGUAAAGGAAUACGGUGGUAUGGGCCGCCAAGGCAAGAUUGUCCACAUUUACCGCACUUACGUAUUCUGUCACACGAACACAACCACAGAAAAUGCCGGUAUCUUUGUGUCUAAAGUGAGCAACGUCUCUACCAUAUCUGCAAAGGGCGGUCGUGUCAAUGCCGCCACCUCUGGCCCGGAUCUGAACGUCAUGAACCCGGCAAGAAAGUUGAAUCCGAAUGGGGACAGAGGCGAUAUGCCACCUCCUAAAGCCACGUUUGGGCGAGACAAGCUGGUCGGCCAGACGGUCACGAUCAGAAAGGGUGGCUGGAAAGGCACCCUUGGGCGCGUCAGAGACACUACGGACACUCAUGCGCGCGUCGAAAUACACUCUAAGGGUAAGGUCAUUAGCGUGUUAAAGAGCGAUCUUACAGUCCGUGAUAGUGUCACUGGGCGUGAGAUAAAGAACUAUGACAGUCGUCGUCCCGGUCAGAACGGAUUUUCCGGAAAGCCUUCUCAAGGAAACGCAGAUUGGAACGGAGGCCGCACGCCCGUGGGCACCGCCUCAUCGCGAACCCCUGCCUGGAAGACUCCUUCGGCCGGUGGUAAUGGUGGACGCACACCCGCGUGGAGCAAAGGCGGCGACGGUGGUCGAACGCCAGCUUGGGCCGAUGGCUCCCGCACAGUCAAUCCUUACGACGGAAGCAGAACUUCCUACGGCUCCGGCAAUCGCACACCUGCUUGGUCUUCAGGUGCUAAGACGCCGGCACCCGAUCAUUUUAGUCACGGGUCGAAGACGCCGGCCUACAGCGGAGGCGGUGGUGAUAACUGGGGAUCGAAAACCCCGUACGGCGUAUCAGCAGCUACUCCGGGAGCCAGUGGGAACGAUGCUUGGGGCUAUACACCUGGCGCAAGCGGCUCGUCGAACGCUUACGAUGCGCCAACUCCAGGUGCUGGCCUCUUGGGAGCCCCUACCCCGGCUGCCAUGAACGCCCCGACUCCGGGUGCAUACAACGCGCCUACCCCUGGCGCGAUGAAUGCGCCCACUCCCGGUGCCGGUUGGCAGAGCGGCUGGGGCGCCGACUCCGCACCUACCCCCGCCGCCGCCGCUCCUACGCCAGCAGCAAGCGGUUUUGCCAGUUCUAGUGGAUAUUACGGAGCGCCUACGCCGGGCGCAUACAACGCAGAGACCCCAGCCGCCGGCCCCCGGUAUACCGAUGACGACUAAAAGUUAAGAGGAGUGUCGUAAAAGGAAAGGCAUGGGACAGGAUGUGGCAGGAGUCUUGCAAAAUUCGGAAUUGGUGCUUUCAAUGUAGUAUUAGUUAGGGCUUAGGUUUACACUUCUAAGUUGAUGAUUUUUAGCCAAGGCAUUGUGGAGGCAUUGUGUCUUCGUCAAUGGCACACGAAUUGCAUUUGAUUGUCACAUUAUUAUGAUACAUCGCAAAUGUGCCAAUAUUGUCUCAUCUUGGAGUUCAUUCUUGGAAC